AUGUUCCCCCUCGUUGCCGCUCUUUCCCACGUCAUACCGCUUUCCUCGUCGCCCGCGCUUUCCCUCAUCACCCUCGCCGACCCUCGCCUCUGCUUGUCGCCCGCACUUCCCGUCCUCGCCCUCGCUUCCCCGUCACCCGCGCUUCUCCUCAUCACUUCCCCUAGUCGCCCAAGCUUCUUCUCAUCUCUCUCUCUUCUCCUCAACGUCCUCGUUUCCCUCGUCGCCAUAACGCUCUCGCUUCUCCCCGUCGCCCUCGCUUCCCCACAUACCCGCCUCCAUCUCCCCCACAUACCACCCGCCUUUCUCCCCGAACACCACCCUCAUUCUCCUCCACAAAACGCCCUCAAGGGGAGGGACAAAGGGGGAUGGCCCUCGUCUCGCGCGCUCCUUCUCGUCACACGCUAUUCCCCUCGUCACACGCUACUCCCCUUGUCAUGCGCUCUUCCCGUCUCUUCAUGCGCUCUUCCUAUCUCGACAUGUGCUCUUCCCUCUCGUCAUGCGCUCUUCCCCUCUCGUCAUGCGCUCUUCCCCUCUCGUCAUGCGCUCUUCCCCUCUCGUCAUGCGCUCUUCCCCUCUCGUCAUGCGCUCUUCCCCUCUCGUCAUGCGCUCUUCCCCUCUCAUCAUGUGCUCUUCAACUCUCGUCAUGCGCUCUCCCCCUCUCGUCAUGCACUCUUCCCCUCUCCCCUGUUUACCCUCUGCCCACCCUCUGCCAUGCUUCCCCCCACCCUCUGCCCUGCUUUUCCCCACCCUCUGCCCUGUUUUUCCCCACCUUCUGCCCUGCUUCCCCCCGCCCUCUGCCCUGCUUCCCCCCACCCUCUGCCCUGCUUUUCCCCACCCUCUGCCCUGCUUCCCCCCACCCUCUGCCCUGCUUCCCCCCAUCCCCUUCAACCCUUCUCCCCAUCCGCUUCCCCCCUUCCCCCCAUCCGCUUCCCUGCUUUCCCCCAUCCCUUCCCUGCUUCCCCCCAUCCGCUUCCCUGCUUCUCCCCAUCCCCUUCCCUGCUUCCCCCCAUCCCCUUCCCCCUCUCCCCCCAUCCCCUUCCCUACUUCUCCCCAUCCCCUUCCCUGCUUCUCCCCAUCCCCUGCCAUGCUUCCCCCCAUCCCCUGCCCUGCUUCCCCCCCAUCUCGUUUCCCCCUUCCCCCCAUCCCCUUCCCUGCUUCCCCCCAUCCAUGCGGAGAUUCACUCUACAAUAG